CUCGGGUGGGGAGGGACGGGGGCGGGGCCGACCGGGGCGGUGCUUGGCGGAGGAAACUGAGGCAAGAGGGAAGUGUCCCAGAUAUGCAGCCGGUUUCCCCUGAGGGGUCUCGGAGUCCGGAACCCCCAACCCAAAUCUGGAGGAUGAGGAACCCGGAGUCUGCAUUUCUUAGUACCCGAGAAGGAGGGGCCUGAAUUCCAGAACUCCUGGGUCUGAGAGAGGAGGGCACUGGGGGCCUGGAUUCCUGGGUCUGAGGGAGAAGGGCGCUGGGGGCAUGGACUCCUGGGUCUGAAGGAGGAGGGCGCUGGGGGCCUGGACUCCAGGGUCUGAGGGAGAAGGGUGCUGGGGGCCUGGACUUCUGGGAUUGAGAGAGGAGGGCGCUGGGAGCCUGGACUCCUCCUGGGUCUGAGGGAGGAGGGCGCUGGGGAUCUGAACUCCUGGGUCUGAAGGUGGAGGCCCUGGGGUCUGCACUACUCGGUCUGAGGGAGAAGGCGGUCCUGGCUGGGUCAGCCUGGGCUCCUUUCACUCUCCACCCUUCCCCUUUCCUGUACCGAGGAGCCAGGGCAGGCAGCCACUCCAGGUGGUUGCCCCCUCCCUCUCCUGAGAUGUCAGGAAGGAGGGGGCCACCUGUGUCCUCCACAGGGGCCCCCCGAAGCCUGGGGACUCCCAGCCCCAGAGCUCCGAGGCGGAGGAGGUGCUGACAGGUGCUCCGAGAGAUGCUCCCUCUCCCCUCAUGCUCCCUCCCCAUCCUCCUCCUUUUCCUCCUCCCCAGUGUGCCAAUUGAGUCCCAACCCCCACCCUCAACAUUGCCCCCUUUUCUGGCCCCUGAGUGGGACCUUCUCUCCCCCCGAGUAGUCCUGUCUAGGGGUGCCCCUGCUGGGCCCCCUCUGCUCUUCCUGCUGGAGGCCGGGGCCUUUCGGGAGUCAGCAGGUGCCCCGGCCAACCGCAGCCGGCGUGGGGUGAGCGAAACUGCACCAGCGAGUCGUCGGGGUGAGCUGGCUGUGUGCGAUGCAGUCAGUGGCUGGGUGACAGACCGCCGGACCGCUGUGGACUUGCGUGGGCGCGAGGUGGAGGUGUUGGGCGAGGUGCCUGCAGCUGGCGGCAGUCCCCUCCGCCAGUACUUCUUUGAAACCCGCUGCAAGGCUGAUAACGCUGAGGAAGGUGGCCCGGGGGCAGGUGGAGGGGGCUGCCGGGGAGUGGACAGGAGGCACUGGGUAUCUGAGUGCAAGGCCAAGCAGUCCUAUGUGCGGGCAUUGACCGCUGAUGCCCAGGGCCGUGUGGGCUGGCGAUGGAUUCGAAUUGACACUGCCUGCGUCUGCACACUCCUCAGCCGGACUGGCCGGGCCUGAGACCCAUGCCCAGGAAAAUAACAGAGCUGGAUGCUGAGAGACCUCAGGGAUGGCCCAGCUGAUCUAAGGACCCCAGUUUGGGAACUCAUCAAAUAAUCGCAAAAUCACAAUUCUCUGAUUUUGAGCUCAAUCUCUGCAGGAUGGGUGAAACCACAUGGGGUUUUGGAGGUUGAAUAGGAGUUCUCCUGGAGCAACUUGAGGGUAAUAAUGAUGAUGAUAUAAUAAUAAUAGCCACUAUUUACUGAGUGUUUACUGUUUCUUAUCCCUAAUACAUAACUCCUCAGAUCAACUCUCAUGGAUUUGAUCAUUGGUGGCCCUUGGUGUUAAGUUGCUGACUACUCAGUCUCAGAGGACACCACCUUGCUGGGGAGUGGGAGGGGACAUUUCACGAUGUGGGUGGAGGAGGAGAGAAACUAGAACAGGCAAGCAGAUGACCAGGGGACCUUGAGAACGUGGCCCACAGAAGGCCUUUAAGUAUCUGGGAGCUGGGGUUCAAAUGGGAAAUCUUCCUUGGUAAGAGGGGGCAAAGGUUGACUUAGAAUAUUCUGUUUUGAGGUAAUAAGCUACCGAUCACAGGGGAGUACAAGCAAGGUUGAAUGAGAAGUGAUCAGGAUGCUGGAGAGUUCAGCCCUCGGCAGGGAGCUGAAGUCAGGUUUCUAGCCCUCUUCCCUAUGCCAACCUUUACUCUACACUGGGAAAGAAACAGACCUUAAAAUUUUCCAGCUUGAUGGCCAGGUGCGAUGGCUCAUU